CAGUCAGUCUUCGGAAAGAGCUUGCUUGCAUCGGUUGUUUCAUUCGUGUUGUGUUCUUUGUGCAACACAUAAAGAAAAGUAAAAAUAAUUCAAAGUUGUAAAAAAUAGAGUUUUUGGUUGGUGAUAGCCCGUUGGGGUUUUUGGAGUGAUAGUCGAAUGAAAGUGGUUUUGCAUCUGGAAUCGAUGAAUGAAAGAUUGGAUGAAGCCAGUGCUUUGAAAUAGAUUUCUUUGAUCGAAGUAAAAAGUGGUUAAGCGCUCUCGCGGUGGGCAUACAACUAUUUUUCACACUAUCCGCUGAAAACUUUGCAAGCAAAAACAGACACUGCUACUGUUUUUAAUUCAGAAAUUCUCACCGCCUGUGUAAUUUGAAUUCUUUUCUAAUACUAAAUGUUUGAAUGGGCGAAGAACAAAAGCUGAUACAAAUGUACUGUUGAGUGAAAAAAUAGGCGUAUAAGCAAAGAAGCAGGGAAUUAGUGUAUGGUAUAGGUGGACUACCAAGAGUGGUCUGGCUGUGCUAGUUUUGUGUACGAAAACCAACCGGAAGGGGGACAAAAGUGCCGUGGAAGCGAGAGGUGAAUUGUAUAACAAAGGGGGAAAGCAUCGAGAGCAACCAAUAAUAUAGGUGCUGUGCCGUAGGAAGCGAAAGAAGAGCCUCAAAAUAUAGGCAUUUGGUGAGGUGUAGUGUAGAUGAAGCCACAGAGUCAAAAGUUCAAUUUUUGAUUCCACAAAACGGGUACUUCCGGUUAAUUUGCACAAGUGAGUAUUCAACUACGAAGUGAAACGUCAAGAAUGAUUGAACAAGCUUCGAUUGUUUGAGAAAAAUCGAUAUUCCACGCAAAGCUUGAGAUAGAAUUGAGUGGUAGUAAAGUGAGAAUACGAAAUUUUCAUCUAUAUCAUUGGAGAAUUGUAGUCUGGAAGCUGAAAAAAUGGCCCUGGAGGAGACACAUAACGGUUCAGUGGUUCCGCAGAAGGACGACGCCCAAAAACAACACAUUGAGGCAUCCUCGUCCAACGAGAAGCUGAAUGCUGUCGCCAAUGGCACCGAAAAGUCUCGCAACAACAAUAAACAGAACGAUACAAACACAGCUUUCCUCCGAGCAGCCAGAGCUGGUGAUCUACAAAAACUAAUAGAGUACCUCGAAACGGGACAAGUCACAGAUAUAAACACAUGCAAUGCGAACGGUCUCAACGCGCUACACCUCGCUGCCAAGGAUGGCCAUUACGACAUUGUCGACGAGCUGCUCAAACGAGGAGCCAACGUGGACAAUGCAACGAAGAAAGGAAACACAGCACUACACAUAGCCUCGCUGGCUGGUCAGAAAGAAAUCAUCCAGUUACUGCUCCAGUACAAUGCCUCGGUAAACGUACAAUCCCAGAACGGUUUCACGCCGCUCUAUAUGGCAGCCCAGGAAAACCACGACGAAUGUGUUAAUUUGUUGCUGGCGAAAGGAGCGAAUCCGGCCCUGGCUACGGAGGACGGAUUCACACCUCUGGCCGUAGCAAUGCAGCAAGGUCACGACAAAGUCGUCGCGGUUUUGCUGGAAAGUGAUACCCGGGGUAAGGUGCGGUUACCUGCGUUGCACAUAGCAGCCAAGAAGGACGACGUUAAAGCAGCGGCAUUGUUACUCGAGAAUGAGCACAACCCGGACGUUUCGUCCAAGAGUGGUUUCACGCCGCUACACAUAGCCGCCCACUAUGGGAAUGUCAAUGUCGCCCAGCUACUGAUCGAGAAGGGUGCCGACGUAAAUUUUACCGCUAAGCACAACAUCACACCAUUGCACGUUGCCUGCAAGUGGGGCAAGCUAAAUAUGGUCUCGCUGUUAAUCAAAAAUAAGGCUCGCAUCGACAGCAUCACCCGGGAUGGCCUAACACCGUUGCAUUGUGCAGCACGUUCCGGUCAUGACCAGGUCAUCGAGCUAUUACUGGAGAAUGGGGCCGACAUUAUCGCGAAGACGAAGAAUGGUCUGGCACCGCUUCAUAUGGCAGCACAAGGCGAGCACGUGAGUGCCGCGAGGAUCCUGCUGGUAAACAAGUCUCCGGUAGACGAUAUUACCAUUGACUAUCUAACGGCGCUUCACGUGGCUGCUCACUGUGGUCACGUGAAAGUGGCUAAGCUUUUGUUAGAUCGAAAUGCGGAUCCAAAUGCUAGAGCACUGAAUGGGUUCACCCCGCUACACAUCGCUUGUAAGAAGAAUCGAAUCAAGGUUGUUGAACUCCUAUUGAAACACGGUGCUACUAUCAGUGCAACGACCGAAAGUGGACUAACUCCACUGCAUGUAGCCAGCUUUAUGGGUUGCAUGAAUAUUGUGAUUUAUCUACUACAACACGAUGCUAGUCCUGAUAUUCCAACGGUGCGAGGGGAAACUCCAUUGCAUCUAGCAGCGAGAGCCAAACAGAGCGAUAUCAUCAGGAUUCUGCUACGAAAUGGAGCCUAUGUUAAUGCACAGGCACGCGAGGAUCAAACUCCUUUGCAUGUUGCCUCUAGAAUCGGCAACGUGGACAUUGUGAUGCUUCUUCUGCAACACGGUGCUAAGAUCGACGCCGUCACAAAGGACAACUAUACACCACUACAUAUAUCCGCCAAGGAGGGCCAGGAUGAUGUUCUUGCUGUUCUAUUGGACAACAACGCCAACAUGGAAGCCGUCACUAAAAAAGGAUUUACACCGCUUCAUCUGGCAGCCAAAUACGGCAAUCUAAAAUGCGCACAACUGCUACUGGAACGCGGUGCCCAAAUUGACGUACAGGGUAAAAACGGUGUUACUCCCUUACACGUUGCUAGUCAUUAUGAUCACCAGAAUGUGGCAUUACUACUAUUGGAGAAAGGUGCCUCCCCAUAUUCUCCAGCAAAGAAUGGUCAUACACCGCUGCACAUUGCUUCCAAGAAGAAUCAAAUGGAUAUCGCCAAUACUCUCCUUGAGUACAGGGCAGAUUCGAAAGCUGAAAGCAAGACUGGAUUCACACCGUUACAUCUCAGUGCCCAAGAGGGACACAGGGAUAUGUCAAAAUUGCUACUAGAAAACGGCGCUAAUCCAAACCAUGCUGCAAAGAAUGGACUUACACCGCUACAUCUGUGUGCUCAGGAAGACCACACCGACAUAGCCAAAACCCUGCUGGACCACAGCGCACAAAUCGAUCCGUCAACCAAAACCGGAUUCACUCCGCUGCACGUAGCAGCGCACUUCGGUCAAAUCAACAUGGUAAAGUUCCUACUGGAAAAUGAUGCAAACAUUGAGAUGAAAACCAACAUAGGUCACACCCCGUUGCACCAGGCCGCUCAGCAAGGCCACACACUGAUCAUUAACUUACUUCUGAAAAACAAAGCUAAUCCAGAAGCGGUUACCAAUGGUGGACAGACUGCGCUGUCGAUUGCCGAUAAACUUGGCUACAUAACAGUGGUGGAGACAUUGAAGGUCGUCACGGAAACCAGUGUCACUCAAACUGUGGACGAAAAGUUCAAAAUUGUGGCUCCGGAAACCAUCCACGAGACGUUCAUGUCGGACUCGGAAGAUGAAGGCGGAACAUACGACGCCAACCUGCUAACUGAUACGAACGUUCUGAGCCAAACCCAGCAGUCGUGCAGCAGUAGUGGUGUUAUCAAGUACUAUCAGUCGCAGAUGCGUUACACACGCGAAGAUCCGAUCAUGUCCGACCAACAGCAGUACAACUACAUGACGAGCGACGAAAAUAAACAAUUUGAUGACACUAACAUCACAAACAUGAGCAUUGAUCCAAUGAAGGAUGAAAAGUACUUGGAGAAGAUCAUCUCAAGCGCAGAAAAGUACACAUCGAUGGCGCCCCGCGAGAGCACACCCAAUCCUCUGGAUAUCACCGUAACCGAUAACGUCAACAUCACCCGGAAGCCGAUUCACGUCGGCAGGACACUAUUGAUCCGAUUUCUCGUGUCGUUCCUGGUCGAUGCACGGGGUGGCGCAAUGCGGGGCUGUCGGCACAGUGGUGUCCGGGUGAUCGUGCCGCCUCGAUCGGCCGCCCAGCCAACUCGUAUCACAUGUCGAUAUGUGAAACCACAACGAAUAAUCAACGCACCGCCGCUGAUGGAAGGUGAAGCUCUUGUUAGUCGUAUUCUCGAGCUAGCCCCAGUAGGAGCUAAGUUCUUAGGACCGGUUAUUUUGGAAGUUCCGCAUUUCGCUUCACUGCGCGAAAAAGAACGGGAGAUCAUAAUUCUUCGUUCGGACAACGGUGAGACUUGGAGAGAACAUACGUUGUACGACAGCGAAGAAGCCAUCCACGAUGUUUUGAACGAAACAUUUAAGGGAGACACACUUAACCUCUUGGAAGAUUUACACACCAACCGGAUCACUCGUAUUUUGACCAAUGAUUUCCCGCACUAUUUUGCGGUUGUUUCGAGAAUUCGACAGGAAGUUCACGCAAUUGGGCCAGAAGGGGGUACCGUUUCUGCCACAGCAGUUCCACUAGUUCAGGCAAUCUUUCCGCAGAAUGCUCUCACCAAAAAGAUUCGUGUUGGUUUGCAAGCACAACCGAUCGAUAUGAGUAUGACUGCAAAUCUCCUUGGUCGAAGCGUUGCCGUAUCACCUGUAGUCACUGUGGAACCAAGGCGUCGUAAAUUCCACAAAGCCAUCACUUUGAGUAUGCCAGCACCGAAGGCCUACAAUUCAGGAAUGAUCAAUCAGUAUUCAGGAAAUGCACCGACCUUGCGAUUGCUAUGUUCCAUCACCGGUGGACAGAAUAAAGCAAUUUGGGAAGACGUGACCGGUUCAACUCCAUUGACAUUUGUCAAUGACUGCGUUUCUUUCACUACAACAGUAUCGGCAAGAUUUUGGCUGAUGGAUUGUCGUAAUAUAAAUGAGGCCACGAAGAUGGCUACGGAACUAUACUCACACACGUCUCACGUACCGUUCAUGGUGAAGUUUGUAGUGUUUGCCAAACGAGUUGAUCAGACCGAGGCCAAACUGAGCGUGUUCUGUAUGACUGAUGAUAAGGAAGAUAAGACGCUGGAACAGCAGGAACACUUCACAGAGAUUGCCAAAUCUCGAGAUGUUGAAGUAUGUGAAGGUCGCGUUGUCUACUUGGAGUUUGGUGGCAACAUCGUACCAAUGCUAAAGAGUGGAGAACAACUUUCCAUUCAAUUUAACGCAUUUAAGGAAAAUCGUCUCACGUUUACAGUAAAAAUCAAGAACAGUCUUGAUGAUUUACUUGGCCGUAUUGCUUUUAUGAACGAACCGAAAGUGGCUAAGGGCGAACUGACUCCAACUCCUCUUUGUACAUUGAACUUUACUCUACCACCGGAAAAGUAUGGCCUUGGUGGCGAUGAAAUGGAAACUGCUUCCGAGUUCGAUUUGAGUUCAACGGAAGUGCUCAAUUACGAUCAACAGUCGAUUGUGAAUGCAGUGAAUCGAAGCAAAACCCUAAACUUUACGUUCCAAAACGGAGAUGCAGAUAACGAAAUACACAAGGCCGACAUAAAAAUCACCGACAUUUGCAAUCUACUGGGAUCAGAUUGGCCUCUGCUGGCAGAGGAGCUGCAGAUAUCGCCGACCGAUGUAGACCUUAUCAAAGUAGAGUAUCCAAACGAUGAAGCUCAACAGUCGAUAGUCAUGCUGCGACUUUGGCUUCGUCAGGCUGGCAAGGAUGCUACUGGCAAUGUGUUGGAGCAGGCACUUAUCAAAAUUAACCGCUCCGACAUUGUCAGUAAGUCUAUCACAAACCUAGAAUUGGUAACGGACGAGCAUGAAAGAAAACUAGCUAAACAGCAACUUGGUUCCACUAAUGGAAUCGACGAGGUGGAUCCAGUAAAAAUCAACGGAAUCGAGUGCAAUAGAGUGGAUAUUUCGAUGGAAGUAGAUUUGACCCACGAGCCUGCGGACGAAAAGCAGGAACAUGAAUUGGAUGAAAAGACGAGCAAGGACCCAUCACAAUCGUCAUCACCGGAUAACACCGAAGCCUACCAGCAAAUCCGGAGGGAUAGUGGUGCUAUAUUCGGUAUUGCGUCAGUCAAGAAACAGACUGAAACUCCACCACCCAGUCCUGCCGAGUACACCAACCAAAAUGCUCAGUCAACCAUCAGCCCCGAUGAAAAGCUGGAAGUUUCAGCAGUCGCUGAGGACGUACAGGAAAUCAUUCAGGCGGCGAUCGCAGAACAUGACACCACUGGAGAUGAUGAUGACGAGUUUGAAGAGAUACACGAGCCAGUGGUUAUAACUCACAAAAUAACAGUACAAAAACCAUCGUUUGAUACAGGUGAUGAUGAGGAUGGUGAUGAAUCGGAAGAUUUCGAACAACUCGAUUUGGAAACUGAUAAGAGUGGCAAGGUCAGAACGAUCAAGAAGCACUCGAAAGUUAAUAUUAAAAUCAAUAAACAGCUUGCACAGAGACCAACUGUGGAAGAUAUCGAAUGGGAGGUUACACCGGCUGCAGCAGCAGUCGAUUAUGAUGGCGAAGGAGUCGAAACUGAAGUUGUUACGAAAGAGAUCUCAUCGGUUAAUUUGGAAGACGUGUCGAAUGAUCGAAGGUACAGUUUGGACAACAUAGACCCUCUGCCAGGCUCACUCCGGGUGGACUCAGGUCGCAUGUUCGAAAAAUCGUUUUCAACCCCCGGUGAUGAUCAACAGAAAGGUGAACAAAUAAUAAUGAUUUCAUCAGAUAAUAACAUCUCAGAAGUAGCUGCAGACUAUUCUGGUGAUAUUGACGAGUUUAUAUUUGUACAAACAUCGCCAGAAAAUUUUGCCAAACUCGAGAACGAGAAGAAUGCCACAGACGAAGAUGACAACAGCAAUCUUGUGAUCAUCACCGAAGAACAUUACGAUUACGAAAUGGACGAUGAUCGGCGUUCAAGUGUGAUUGACCAAUCGCCGCAAGAUGACGAAGACUCUCCUCAGAAAUUUAUCGUCGGUGGCAGCAGUUCUGAAAGCGAUGAGGAUCGCCUCGGUGGAGUCCGUAGAGAUUCUGCAGUGAAACGAGCCGAUGGCUCUGAAUAUCAUACACCUUCCAUUACGGUAACUCAGCCAGAGGUGAUGACUGGCGCGACUAGUUUAUCAACCCGAACCGGUGGUUCUUCAAGUGAAUCCGAUGUGGCACUGCACGAAACUGGCGGCGAGUUAAGCGAUGACGACGAAACAGGUAAAGUCUCCUCAACGCAACAAAAAUGCGAUCAAUCUACGCCUGUCACACCAGCAGAAUUAGCAAUUAGCAUCACGCAAAAUCAGCCUGCCGACCGGCAGGAAACAGAGAAUAUAACACAGCUCAUCCCGGAGCGAGAUUUCAUUGAGUUUAAUGUUGCUGAACAUGCAGUUGGAAGUGAGAACCCACCAUCUUUCGUUGAAGUAAGGAAAUCUCAAUGUCCAGAGAUCAUUGGAACUGACAGUGCUCUGGAAAUGGAACACAGUUUCGACGAUGUGCUUAAUCCAAUAAUGAGCAAGGAUGAAGAAGCCAUUUUGGUUCCUAAAACAGCAAACAAGCACAAAUCUCUCAUUGGUGAUGGAAGCCCAACAAAUCACGUAGUUACGGUCAUUCCUAAUACCUCAUCUGCUGCAGUCUGCAAUGACGGUAAAAACUAUUUAGUUCAAAACAACGACCAGGUUAUGGCAGUGGAACCAAGCGAACCGCCAACAGUCACCGGAGAUGGAAUCUGCCGGACUGAAACCAAUACGACCGUGAAUGAAACGGAGGAUGGUUCCCUGAGGACUACUGUGAUCACAACGACCACCACCAUCAACGCCACCUCUGAGCAGAUGCCGGAAGAGCUUCAGCAACAAUUGGUGGAACAGAUGAAACUAGCGGCAGCAGCGGCUGGAUUGAAUGAGGACAAUGCGAUAAUUACGACCACAACGACAACCGAUGAGGAAACACAGCCCAACUCACCUAGCAAUGCAAAAACAACGACUACGACGACGACAAACACCAUCACGCUGACCUCAACCGAUGGAGAUUUUCCCGAAGAUGAAUUGUUGCAUAAGAUAACCACGACCACGCAACUGUUGCAGCAAUCGGGUCUACCUGAGCUGGUCAAGGAAACUCGAACUGUCACAGUCACGGAGGUAGUCGAUGGAAAGCACGACACGAAACCUUCCAUCAACACAAUUGUCGACGAAUUCAUGAACGAGGAGAGGAAAAAUUAAGCUUCUAGUUGUGGCAGCUUUCUAAGUACAUGUUUAGGCACAACGAUAAUUAAGAUUCAGCUAUAGGCAGCAAUGUGAAGUUGUUCUCUUUUAUGUGGCCAAAACUGUGGAUCAAGAACAAAGUUGAAAUGAUAUUGCUACAUUGUAGGGACUUAUAAUUCGUAGAACUUUGUUUCAACAAUUCGAAUAAGUUAUUUUUCCAAAGUUUUUCAAAUUUUAUUGCAUUGAUCGUGUUUUAAUCCACAAAUUGUUUGCUUUAUAAUCAAAUAAGUGCACUAUACAGCAAAUGUAGUUUGUAAAGAUAGAUGAGUACGUGAAAAGUAUUGAAUAGUAUCAUUAAUUUUGGUAGUGCCUCAAUAUCAUGCUUACUACCUGAUAAUGACAGAAAAGUGACACAUUUCAGGGCAAGUGCGCGUUAAACACCUGCUGCAAGCAAUGGAGUUGUAAAAAUGUUCCCAGUUAAUAUCGAGAAACAGAUUAUUUAUUUUUCUAACAUUUAUAAAUAUUGUUCGCAUUAAAAACUGUACGAACAUGAAAAAGUAAUUCUUUCCACAUUUUGAUAGGAUUCAAAACUAGGCAAAACUUUUUUAUUUGGUUUCACGGGAAAGUUUAAGUAAAUCUUUUGAUUUAAACUAAAGAAAUCAUACAACCCCGGUCAUUUGAUUAGAAAUUGGGUGCUGAUGCAAAAAAAUAAUCGUGAUAAAUGGCAACUUUGUUCAUAUUUAUCUAAACAAGAUAAACUGUAACAAAAUUUACAAUUAAAUACAAAAACAAAAUGUAACUGAUGUAUGGAACAAGCUAUAUCAAAUCAACAAACAGAUUAUAUUAUUGAUCUUCUGGAAAAGUAGUUUUUAGCAAUUUCUCUCAUUUUCGAUUGCCUAACAAAAACAGAAAAUGAGACGCAUAAUAUUGUAGAUGUCACUACUAUAAAAACAGUAUUUUAAGAAGUUUUUCUCUUUUGUUUUUAAUAUUAUACUACCUAUUCUGUGUGACUAUUUAUUAUAGACUUUCAACGGUAGCUCCCUUAACCGAAUGUUUUAUUUUCUUUAUUGUCUUAUUUUAAGUCGUCAUUUUUGUUAUAAUUGUAUUCAUUGUUGUUUUCUUUUUCAACACAAUUUCACAACAUCGCCCGUCCUAUCUUAAACAAUCAUUACACAAAGUCUACGUAGGUUCAUUCCUUUCAGCAUGAACUCUAUCGUAUAGAAAAUGAGAGAUUACAGUUCCCUCCCUUUCAAAAAAGCUAUAACAAUACAAGCCUGCUAUGUUAUAUUUAUUGCCCUUGUUAAAAAUAUAAGGAUGAAUUAUAUAAAUCAUUGAGAAGAAAAAAAAAACAAAGUAAAAACGUAUAUUUUCAAAAAAAAACACUAAGAGAGUCAACAUUAAUUGGAUUGCAUUGGAAAAAAAAAUAAAUCUUUAUGGAUUGUGAAUAUAAAAAAAAGUUAUUUACAGAUUGUCGGAAGCAUAAAAAUAUUAACGCUGAUAUGAAUAACUAUUCUAAGUGGAAAUUGAAUACCUUAGUGCUUGAUAAUCUAUGGAAAUGGAUUCAUUGCAAUACAAACUUCAUUCAAACGAACGCUGGAUAAUAGUAAUAUAUUGCAUUACAUAACAUAAGAACUACCAGACAAAAAAUGUGAAUCAUAUUUAAGGUGAUCAAGUAAAAAUUCAAAAAAGAAAUAAAUUUAAUCCAUCUGAAA